AUGCGCGCCUCUCGCCGUCUAUCGUCGUUGGUGGCCGACGCUGCUCGUCAGCGGCUUCGCCACCGUAUCGACUCGGUCGACGGCAAACCCUUGACACUGGGCGAGAGCUUGGACGUUGUCAGGAGGCGAGAGGCUCAAAAGGAGCAGCGGCGCGCAGAAGCCAUCCAAGAAGCGACCAGGAGUGUCUUGCCAUUCAAAGAACGGCUGAGGCAGGAAGGAGUCUCUCCUCUGUUGACAGACCAACCGAUCACACUGCAAAUCAAUAUCGGCAAGCUGUGCAAUCUGACGUGCCGCCACUGCCACGUAGAGUCGAGCCCAUCCAAGCGCAGAGAGAACAUGCAUGGCGAGGUGCUCGACCGGUGCCUCGAGCUGCUCUCGCGAUCAUCCUCGACGACGACGCUCGACAUCACGGGAGGCGCGCCCGAGCUCAACCCCCACUUUCGCCGGCUUGUUUCGGGAGCAACAGCGAUGGGAAAGCAGGUGAUUGACCGAUGCAACCUCGUCGUGCUUUUUGAAGAGGGCAUGGAGGAUCUCGCGCAAUUUUUGGCCGAGCAUCGCGUCCAUGUCGUAGCAUCGCUCCCAUGCUACACGGAAGACAACACAGACAAGCAGCGCGGAAAGCGAGUACACAAAGACAGCGUCGAGGCCAUUCGCAUCCUCAACCGGCUGGGCUACGGACGCGACGAGGGGCUUCGGUUGGACCUCGUUUACAAUCCGGGGGGCGCUUUCCUGCCGCCGCCGCAAGCUCAGCUCGAGGCCGACUAUCGGUCUCGGUUGAGAGACGAGCAUGGAAUUGUCUUCGACUCGCUCCUGGCCUUGACCAACAUGCCCAUCAAACGCUUUGCCGACGACCUGGAGAGGAGUGGAGGACUAUCCGCCUACAUGAGCGACCUCGCCGCCAACUUCAACGCAGCGACAUUGCCAGGACUCAUGUGCAGAGACACGGUCAACGUGCAGUGGGAUGGCACCAUCUACGACUGCGACUUUAACGCGGCCCUCAACUUAUCCUCGGUGCCGAGAGAUGUCUGGUCCAUCGGGUCCAUCGACGAACUCGCCGGCAGAGCAAUCACCACGGCAAAGCACUGCUACGGAUGCACAGCAGGCAGCGGAUCGAGCUGCGGUGGUACUUUGGUAUAA